AUGUCCAAGGAUACGGUCAAACUUGCCUGCGGGCAUCAGAUGCCUCUUCUGAGAUUUGGUCUUUGGAAGGUCCCAAAGGAGAGUGCAGCUGAUACCGGUAUUAAGCGUGCCAUCAGCGAGUGUGUGGUCAAGCGCGAGGAUAUCUCCAUUACCACGAAGCUCUGGAAUAACUACCAUGCCAAGGAGCAUGCAUUGCCAAUGAUCAAGGCACAGAACGAGUCGUGGGUAUUUGGGUAUAUCGAUCUACUUUUGAUUCCUUUCCCAUCUGCGCUCGGAAAAGCGCUACCCCGGGUGGUGUCUGUCAAGCCUGCUAAGGUGUCGAAUCAAGAGACCUGGAAGUCACUCAAAGCCGCCGUUGAACAAGGCAUCGCUCGCUCGAUCGGUGUUUCCAACUUCCAAGGGCAGUCAAUCUACGACCUCUUCACAUACAACAAACACCCUCCAGUCAUAGCAUAUUCGUCAUUCGGCCCUCAGUCGAUCUUAGAAUUGCCUCCAGCAUUCCGUGAGCGCGCCGAAGGACUGCCGUCGUUAUUUGAUAUAGAGAUCAUCAAGAAGAUUGCCUCGAAGCAUGUAAAGACUCCUUCACAGAUCCUGCUUCGCUUCGCGACACAAAGGAACAUUGCUGUAAGCCCCAAGUCGAAUAACAAGGACGGUCUUGCGCAGACCUUGGAUAUUACAAGCUUCUAUUUGUCGAAAGAGGACAUUGACUCGAUAUUGGCCCUCGGUCAGGGUCUGAGCCCUCCAAAUACUGCACGAUCAGACCUUCAGCGACGCGCAGUGCGCUCAGAAAUAUGGUGUUGUUCGUAG